AUGUAUUAUGAAAUAGAUGGUAAACAUGGAAUGGGAAUACUAUAUGUAACCGCAAAAGAUGUUGAAAUAAACAACGAAAUAACCAUUAUAUGCCCACUUCCUGACGUAACUUUCCCGAAAUGGACUGGCCCAACUACCCUAGCUACACCUUUAACGGAUGGCCAAACAAUAAAUGAACAAGGUAUUGAAUGGGUGGAUGACAAGAACCUUAAGAUACUGAGUGUGGAGACAAAACAUACAGGACAGUACUCGUGUUCUUCUGGUAAUAAAGAAGGACUUGCAGAGCUUAAUGUACUAAUUGAUCUUGGUCGUCUGCACUUGUUGCAUUGGUAUAAUCAAGCAAAGGGUAAACGUUUAUUGUUCUUCCAUUUAUACAAUCAUCAAGUAUAUCUGUUCCUCGUUUCAGGACCACCUCUGAUGAGAGCUUUGACGAUUUCCAAGUUCCCGUCAUUGACAUCAAACCAGAUGAAGCUAAGCUGUGACACGACUAGUAGGCCUGAAACACAACUCAAAUGGUUAAUAGAUGAUAAAAAUAUCACGGAAUCUGGACUUAAUAUUGAAGAAGACAAUCCUGAAUGUACAGAGGAUAGUGCAACUCAUAUUUUUACAUGUAUGUCAAAUAUAACGAUCAAUGAUAUAAAGAAAAAGGACAAUGGUAAAUCAAUCUAUUGUGAGUCUAAUUAUCGUGACGAUUUGACGAAAACAUCACCAGCAAAAAUCAGUCUUCCGUACCGAGCGACAAACAUAGUUAUCUCUGGAAACACAAGCGAUGUUGUAAACAGCGUUGGGAAGGUCACGCUGACCUUAACCUGCGCAACUGAUGCUGCAAAUCCAGCAGAAAAACUUAACUGGUAUAUUGGGUCUGAAAAGACGGAAAUAAAUAGCACGUAUCCAGUUGCUGAAGUUGAUGAAAUGUAUGACGGUAAGAACGUAUCUCAAGACAUCGACAUUGUCGCAGACCGGACAAUGAAUAAACAGGAAGUGUCGUGUUGCGCUGAUACAAAUCUAUGCACAAUGGUGACAUUAGAUAUACAGUAUCCGCCAAUAUUGCUUGCUCCACAGCUAAGUCAUUACCGGCUUACACAACUGACCAAUAUAUCUAUGCCAUGUAUAGCAGACCAGUAUCCUGGUCGCCAUAAUAUUUGGGCCUGGUUUAAGAAUGGAAAGGCCAAGAAAAAACCUGCUGAGCCUAUAAUGGAAACAACUUUCAACGCUGAUAAAUUCUCAGAGAAAUUAAACCGGCACUGA